AUGAUGUCGGACCUUCUCGCCGGCCUCAGCAUCUCCAACGCGACCAUGCGCGUUGACGGCGGCACUCUCCGCAUCCGAUUUACACCGAACCGCGCAGAGGAUCUUAUCCUCGACCGCCUGCUUGUUAUCGAGCAUUUCCCAACCCUCGCGCCCACUCUCCGCCACCUAGGAGAACCGCAUUAUAACCCUAUGUGGGACAAGUCGAUACUCGAGCGCGUCGAAGGCGGUGGCCCAGACCAAGAGGUACGAGUGACGACGCUGGCACUAAAUCCAGUAGAAGGCACUUUCCUCCUCGAAAGCGAGGACUAUAAACCAAGCAAUGGGUCCUCGUUCUACCCGCUUUUCACGAGAUCUGAGCUCGGGCCGGCUGUCUGGCAGACUGUCUCCAAGGAGUUCUUCAACCACCGAUCCGAUGCGCGCGUACAUGCCAUCGAGUCACACAUCCUCCUCUUCAGGCUCCUUCACGAUCAGGAGCACACGUUUCGACUCGAGGACACCCAUUACCGUCCUUUUACCGAGUCGCGCGAGUUUUCGACCCUCCUAGAAGCAUGCGCAUACGCGCAAUACUAUGGAGGCCUGCAUGCCAUCUCGAGCAAGGCCGUUAAGAUGAUGACAGAUUGUAAGGACUUCUGGGAGCUCCUGAGCCGAAACUCGCUUGCAAUGCUUCGCUUUUCUGUCAUCCUCGAGUCCAAGGAGACCGGAAUGAUUCCGCGUCUUGCCAUCGAGCUUCGCAACCUGACGCUCGUGCCAUUGGAUGUCAAGACGGCCGGCACCUCAAUCCCUGUACGAACAUCGUACUCCAACGUCCUUGACUACCCUCUAUUGAACAGAAGCUCGCGUGAGUUGAGCCCCUACACCUCUCGUUGGCUUGCUGGAUCGAUCUUUAGCAAUUGGUUGAUCCAGCAUGAGUCUGGCGACCUAGUCUACACCUCUCGCUCCGGCAACCCUCUGUGUCGACCAGCUGGAUCUUUCGCUUCGACAAUCUCACAGAUCGAGCAUUGGGCGGCGAAGAAGUUCCCUGCCGAUCUGUUUGGUCAACAUACCGCGGAGAAGAUCUUGGUGUCUAUGGGGCACAAUCCUUCCUCCCCCGCGAUCAAGCAAGUCAGUACUGAGUUGAGACACAUUGUCUUGGCAGCGAACAGUCUGGUCAAGAAGGCUCUCUCGCCUUGUGACGUGGAGCUGAGCGACGGGACAGCGGUAACUUGGCGUCGUGCCCGGUACUCCAAGCCAGAGGCAGAAUACUUGACGUUCUUGCCGCACAACGAGACCACGUUCCCUUGGAGCUCUCAAGAUGCGCUAGAGGAGUUCUGGGAGGAGGCUGUCGACGAAGUUGAGGGCCUGCGGGAAGGGGAGGAGGAGCGACGCAUCGAGUGGGAGGAGAAGAAAGUCAAGCGGGAGAGGAGGCAGUUGCGUCGCGCGCUUGGACACGUCUUCACUGACGAGGAUUCUUCCGACGGCACGGAAGACGAAUAUUAG